AUGGAUACUGAAUUUCCUGGUGUCGUUGCAACACCAUUAGGGCAAUUUAAGAGUAAAGAAGAUUUCAACUAUCAACAGGUGUCUUGUAAUGUAAAUAUGCUGAAAUUGAUCCAAGUUGGCUUCACACUGCUCGACAGAGAUGGAAAUAUGCCGCCCACUGGUGAUGUAUGGCAGUUUAAUUUUCAGUUUUCCUUAAAUGAUGAUAUGUACUCACAGGAGAGUGUCGAUUUGUUACGUAAUGCAGGGAUCGAUUUUGGACGACACCAGGUGGAGGGUAUCCGAAUGGCUGAUUUUGGUGAGCUUCUUACGACAUCAGGGCUUAUUGUUGAUGCAAAAAUCACAUGGUUGACGUUUCAUAGUGGUUACGAUUUUGGCUAUCUUAUGCGAUCCAUAAUGCUUUGCGAGUUGCCCAAAGAGGAAGAGGAAUUUUUUAAUUUCCACAAAAAAUUAUUCCCGUGCAGUUAUGAUUUGAAAAUGCUCCUAAAACAUCCUGACCUGAUCAAUGCGAAAUUGCGAGGCGGCUUGCAAGAGGUCACUGCAUUGGAUCGUUAUUUUCGCUGA